CUGGCUGCCGGGGCGGGCGGAGGUGGAGGGGGAGGGCGCCGUUCGCAUGGAGCCGCCGCUCGGUGAGUGAGGGCAGCGCCGCGCCGCGCCGGGCCCGGUGAUGCAGCACUCGGCUGCGGGCAGGCCCCCCUGCUAGGCGCUGCCCGCCCGCGCUCGGCUCGGCACACACGGGGCGGCGGAGGCCCCGCUCCAUGGAGACCAAUGGCAUCGCUCCCGCCCACCCCCACCGGCCCCGAGCCCGCCGACACGCACAGCCGCACGCUUCAGCCCACCAUGGCCCCCACGCCGCCGCCGCCGCCGCCGCUCCGGCCCUCGGUGAGUGGAAAGGUAGAAGGCCAGCCCAAUGGUGACACAAUCCCAGCUGAGCAAGCCAAUCCUUCAGAUGACACUGGUGCUGGUGCUGGGAGUCGUCAGAAUGAUCAGAUAGUGCAGAAAAUAGAGGAAGUGCUCUCUGGAGCCCUUGAUACAGAGCUGCAGUGCAAAUCAGAUGUAGACAAAAAUACUGUGAAAAAUAGUACUCAGUCUACAAAAAGAAGCUCCACUGGUGAAGAUGAAAUUCCUAGGAAAAAAUCCAAGAAGAACAAGAAGCACAAAAGUAAGAAGAAGAAGAAAAAGAAGAAGAAAAGGAAGAAAGAGAAAAAGCAUAAAAAGCAGCCAAAGGAGUCGAAGUUGAGCACACGUCAUGGAGAUCAUGCAGACUUGCAGCCUGCUUCUCAGUUGAUGCCAGAGAAAUCAAGCUCCAAGUUGAGUGUACAGCAUGGAGGAUCUGGAGAUGCAAAUCUGUCUGUCCACAUGCAACCAGAAGAACUGUGCUUAAAAGCCAGUGGGGAGCUUGAUAGGCAAGCUCUAGGACUUACUUCUCAUUCAAUAACUGAUUCUCAGCAAUCUACAGAAAAUCUUGGAAGUGAGAAGGGGACUUUGUGUGCAACAAAUCCUCCAUUUAAUAUAGAAGGCAGCCAGUCUGUUAUCCCAGAAAAUGCUAGUAUAACUCAAACUAGAAUUUGCACUAGAGAAGAACAAAUUAAACAGUCUCAUGAAUCUAUUUAUCCUAUAGCUAUUCAUGCAAGUGAAAAGGAUGUUCUUGUUGAUACUGGACAUGAUACUUCGUCUAGCAUCCCAUUGGGAGUUGCCAAUAAAACUGAAAUUCAGAAAGAUUCGUCAGCAACUGUAGCUUCAGAGGUAAUAGAAGCACUAAAAGUUUCAGAAGUUAUUCUGGAAUCUAAAGGCACUGGGGAAGUAAGAGCUUUGGAUACAGUUCUUGAGUCUGAGACUAUGGAGGUGUUGGAAUAUUCAGAAGCAUCUCUACAAUCUAUGGCACAGGCGGGAGCAAAAGAGUUAGAAGCAGCUGCAGAAUCUGUGUCUUUGGCAAGUGAUGUCACAACAAUUCCUGCAAAUCAGGUGGGUCUGAAUACUGUGAACGUAGCUCACGUGCCUGUUGCCAUGGAAGAAGUGAAAAUUCCAGAAGCAACUGAAGAAUCUCUGCAUAUGGGAAAUGUGAAAAAUGUGGAAAGAUCGUUGGAAUUAGGGGGUGCGAAGCCCUCAGUUAUAUCUGAUCAUCUGAGAGUGACACAGUGCAGCCCCAUGGAGGGUUCAAGUGUUUUGAAGGCAGAUGUGUCUUUGCAACAUCCUUUUAAAAUACCUGCAGCGACUGCUGUGACCCAGGUGGAAAUAAAAAGUGCCAAAAUACUCCUGGGAUCAGGAGCUGUUACAGAAGUGAAGGGUAUUGAACUAGCUAGAGGCUCUAGCUCAGUCAAAGAGGCUCAAGAAGGUCUGCAAGUUGAAGUAGUCAAAGAUGUGGAAGGUACCACUGACCCUGCAACAGUGCUGAAUGCCUCAGGAGUGUUCCUACAACCUCAAGUCUUGACAGAAACAAGAAGUGUGGAUAGAAUCCAGCAAUCUGCACUUCCGGCGGAAUUAACAGAUGUAAAUGUGGCUGCAGAUGCAAAAGGUUUAAGAGCAACUCAAGAACCUGUAGCGGUUGUGCAGACCUUCGUUCCCCAAACAACUCCAGAAAUCCAGAUGGUGGAGGGUUUUAAAGGUCCACGAGCAACUGUGGAAGCUACAGCACUAACAGGAGUAAAAGGUCGAGAAACAAGCCAAGCUACUCUGCAGCUGGAAAAUACUAAUACUUCAAAAAUUUCAGGAUCUACUCUCAAGCCUGUAGCUGUAACAGAGUCAAAAGAUUCAGAAGGUACUUCAUUACUGAGACAACCAGAGGAACUGAGAGUAUUAAGAUCUGAGAGUGAAUCAAAUGUGAGAGGUUUGGAAGCAAUUUCCCUAUCUUUGCAAAUGGAAGGUGUGAAAGCUUCAGAAGAAUCUGUGCUUUGUAGGUCUGUAGCUAGAGGCUUAGCAGCCACACUAGAUUCAACAGCGGUGUCAAAAGGUUCAGAAAUAAAUCUAGGUAGUAUGGCAGGAGUAGAAGCAGGCUCGGAGGCCAGUCACCGAGCCAUUGGAUCUGCGAGACCAAUGAAAAGUUUGGAAACAACUAUAGGGCCUGUAGCAGUAACAGAAAGGACUCUUGAAUCUGUGGUUGCAUCUGUAAGCAUGGAACCAGUUAAAGAGUCUGAGACAUUAGCAGGAAUGGUACAUUUGAAAACCACAGCAGAAACAGUUGUAGAACCCCUUGGUGCAAGCAGAACAGGGAAUUCCAUCGUUUCGCAUUCUCAGGUCAUGACACAUACGGGAAUCUCACAAACUGAGGUGGUGGGGGACAUAAAGGAUUCUGAACCAGCUACCAGUUUUGCCACUGUAGAAGUGAGAGGUUUAGGCAACUUGUCGGAAGUUGCAGAGGUGAAAGAUGUGGAAGCGAGAUCAAAAACUUCACACUUAACACAGAUGAAAAAUUUGGAAAUGGUUGUGGGAUCUGAAGCAAGUUCAGAAUCUGUACGGGAGCAAACAGUAGGUCAUUCACAAGCAGUAUUAGAGUCUUUGCCCAGAGUGGAAGAAAAAGCUAUGGCAUCAGAAAUAGUGACAGAAGUGAGAAACUUGAAAGGAACUUUAGAAUCUCAGAUUUUGACAGAUGUGAGAACUCAGGGACCUACUGUUGAGUAUAUAAUUGCAACAAGGAGGACAAGCAUGCAAAAAAACGAGCCCUCACUUAGUAAUAUAAAAGUUUUGGAAGAAGCUUCAGAAACAGAGAAAGUAACGAAAGCAAAAUAUUUGGAGCCAGCAUCAGAAGCUAGAGAAUUGAGGUUGUUGGAAAGUAUGAAAGAGUCUGCGACAGUAGAGGUGAAAGGUUCUGAAGCAGUUGAAGAGCCUGAGGUACACAUGGAUAUCCAAGGUUUGGAAGCUUCCCAGAAGUUUGGAAAUGUUGGGGUGGUGAAUGUUUUAGAGGAUGCUUCAGAAGCUGUUCCAGAAUCUUUUCACACUGAAAAACAAGAGCAUCUGCAAGUAGUACUAGAAGCAAAACCUGCUGCAGAAUGGGAGAGCACAGAAGAGGCACCAGAAGUCUUGAGUGCUGCUGAAAUGAGAUCUGAACCAGUUCCAAAAACAGGGGACAUGAAAGAUAUGGAAGCAAUGCCGGAACAUGAAGUGGCAGCAGAAGUACAAUAUGCAGAAGGAGUGCAGGGUCAGCAGAUGGAGGAUGUGAAUGUUCCAGGUCAAGCUCUUGAAUGUGAGAUACUGGUUGAGAAGAAAGAUGCAGAGCAAAUUCAAGCAUCUGAGCCUUUAAUAGCAGAAACAGUUUUUAGUUCUUCACAUGCAGCAGAUGAAAAAGAUUCAGCAGGGACUCCUGAAUUCGAAAUAAUUGGAGACACAAAACAAUUGGAAGCAGCUCCAGCUCACAUUGCAGAAACAGAAGAUUUGGAAACUGCACCUCUUCCUGAGACUGUUGUAGGGCUGAAAGAGGCAGAAGCAGAUGGAGGGUUGGAGGCAGAGACAAAAGAUUUGGAAGCAGUUCCAGUACCUGAGACCGUUACAGAAGCAGUUCCAGUACUUGCGGCAGAGGCAAGUCAGUCAGAAGUCAUUCCACCGGCUGAGGCUGUCAAAGAAGCCACUCCAGAACAGGAGUCAGAGAAAAGAGAUUCAGAAACAUCCGAUGUGCAACCUGAUGUGGCGGCACGGAUGAAGGAGACUCUGAUGAGACUUGAGAAAGUUAUGGAAAAAAGCAGCCAUAGAAGCAGUGAUAAAAAGCAUGAUGCAAAGAAACAAAAAAGGAGUCGCUCCAAGUCUCAGUCCAGGUCUAGGAAGCGGAAGAAAAAAUCAAGGUCGCGUUCUACUUCCAGGCGUUUGACCUCUAAAAGAGCACGUUCUAGGAGCAGAAACCAUUCAGAUUCCAGAAAAAAACAUUCCAAAUCUAGAUCCAGAUCUGUGGAGAAGAGAGAGAGAAGAGUGUCUUCCCGGAGGUCCAGGCGCAGACGUUCCAGGUCAUCUGACCGUUACAGGUCUAAGUCCAGAUCAGCAGAAAAGAGAGGGAGGUCCAGACGUAGACGUUCCAGGUCGUCUGACCACUACAGGUCUAAAUCCAGAUCAGUGGAAAAACGCCUGUCCUCCCGAAGGUCCAGACGUAGACGUUCCAGGUCUUCUGACCGCUACAGGUCCAAGUCCAGGUCAGUGGAAAAACGGCUGUCCUCCCGAAGGUCUGGGCGCCGACGUUCCAGGUCUUCUGACCGCUACAGGUCUAAGUCUAGGUCAGUGGAAAAGCGACUGUCGUCUCGAAGGUCUGGGCGCCGACGUUCCAGGUCUUCUGACCGCUACAGGUCUAAGUCCAGGUCAGUGGAAAAGCGACUGUCCUCUCGAAGGUCUGGGCGCCGACGUUCCAGGUCUUCUGACCGCUACAGGUCUAAAUCACGGUCAGUGGAAAAGAGACUGUCCUCCCGAAGGUCUGGGCGCCGACGUUCCAGGUCUUCUGACCGCUACAGGUCUAAAUCACGGUCAGUGGAAAAGAGGGGGAGCAGGUUGUCCUCCUGGAGAUCCCGCCGCAGACGUUCCAGGUCCUCUGACCGUUCUAAAUCAAGAUCCAGGUCUUCAGAAAAGAGAGGGGGCAAAGAAUACUCAUGGAGGUUCAGACAUAGAGGGUCUGGUUCCUCCGAUCGUUCGAAAUCUAGGUCAAGAUCUGUAGAGAAGAGAGGUCGGAAGGCAUCUCUGCGGAGGUCUAAACGUCAGCGCUCAAAGUCCUCUGACCGGUACAAGUCUAGAUCCAGAUCAGUAGAAAAAAGAGAUCGAAAGCAAUCAUCGCGAAAGUCUAAACGUCAGCGCUCAAAGUCUUCUGACCGUUACAAGUCUAGAUCCAAAUCAGUGGAAAAAAAGAAGGAGUCAUCACGAAAAUCUAAGCGUCGCCGAUCAAAAUCUUCUGAACGUUACAAGUCUAGGUCUAGGUCUGUUGAAAAAAAACGCAAGGAGUCUUCAAAAAAAUCCAAACGGAAACGGUCCAAGUCCUCUGAUAGUGUUAAGUCAAGGUCCAAGUCUAUAGAAAAAAGAGAGAAUAAGUUAUCCUCAGUAAAGUGCAGUAGCAAGCAUGCGGAGUCCUCUGAACUCACAGAGUCAACCAAAUGUCUUGAUAAAGUAGAUGUUCCUGAACCUUCUGUUGCAAGUGAAGGCAGCUCUAAAUCCUCUAAUGGUCCCACAUCAGUAGCUUUGUCUGUUGAAGGAAUAAAUGGCCCAGAGCUGCCGCCAGCAUCUGAAAGUGGAUUUUCCCAAACUUUUGAUAGUCUUGAGAAAAGUUCCUCAUCUGUUGAAAAAACAGUGGGUCUGCAGCCUUCUGUGAUGUCUGAACUUGAUAGCUCCAAAACCCCAGAUGACCAGGAAUUGAGAUCCGUGCCUGUGGAAGAAACACAGGUUUCAGAGCUUCCUGUGACAUCUGAAAAUGGAUCAGCGGAAAAAGCAGUGUCUCUGGAGUCUUCAUCACUACCUGAACUUACAUACUGCGCAUCCAAGUCAAGAUCAUCAUCUGUCGAAAAAAGUGGAGAUCCAGAAACUUCUUUGGUAAUGCAAUUUCAGCACUUUGCAUCCCAUGAAAAUGAGUCAAGAUCUACCUCUCUCAAAGAAAUAGAGGGUCCAGAGCCUCUUCUGACACUUCAAAGUGGAUGCUCUGUAUCUUCUGAUGAUUACAAGACAAUCUCCUCAUCAUCUGGAAGAAUAGAGGUUCAGGGAUCUUCUCUGAUGUCUGAAAGUGUACCGUCUGACUUGUCCGAGGGUCAUGAAUUGAGACAUAUCCCCGGUGAAAAACAAGAGCUUCAGAAUUUUUUGCAAGUACCUGAAAGUGAAUCUUCCAAGUUGGCUGACAGCCCUGAGUCAAGGUCACUACCAUUUGAAACAGUAGAGGCUCAAAAAUCUUUUCAGGCACCUGAAGUUACACGCUCUGCGUUCCCUGAUGUCUCUGAAUCAUCCUCCUUGCCUAUUGAAAAGGGACAGAUGCGUGAGCCUUCUCUGGUUUCUGACAGUGGAUGCUUCAGGUCUCCUGACGGACAUGAGUCAGGAUCCAGCUUUGCUCCACAAAUAAAUGAGUUUCCAUUGAUGCCUGAAGGUGGGUCUUUCAGGUCACCUGAUGUAAAUGACCAAAGAUCUUUAUCUGUUGAAAAAGUAAAGGCUCCAGCUGUUUCCCUAACAUCUGAGUGUGGUCCUGUUGAGGUCUCGGGUGACGUCAUUGCAGUGUCAUCUUUUGAAAAAAUGCAGGAGGUUGCAUUCACAACUGUUCAUGAGUCCAGAUCAUCCGUUGACAAAGAUUUAGAUGGUCCGACACUUUCACAAGUACUUGAAGUUGACUGCUCUGAAUCUUCUGAAAUGCCUGAAUCGAGAUACCUGCCUGCUGGAAAAAUAGAGGGCACAGGAUCUUUCUUGGUGUCUAAAAAUGUAAUUCCUGUGUGCCAUGAUGGCCAUAUAUCAAGACACAAUUACUUUGAGAAAACAGAAGGUGCAGAACUGUCGUUGGCAUCUGAGCUUAGGUGUUCGGUCUUCCCUGAAGGCUAUAAAUUGACAUCCACUGCAGUUGACAAAGUGGAGUUACAGAAGCCACUGGAAGGUGGGUUCUCUGAGUCUGCUGAUGUUUGUGAAUCAGUAAGCACACCUACUGAAAAACUGCAGGCCCCAGUGACUUCUUUGACAUCUGAAGAUGGGCUUUUCGUGUUGCAUGACAGUCAUGAAUUGACACCUAUCCCUGCUGAAAAAGUAGAGGUGCAAAAGCCAUCUUUGCCAUCUGAACUGAAAUGCAUUGCAUCCCCUGAUGGCCACAAACUGAGAUCUGCUUAUGAUGAAGAAAUACAAGUGCAGGAGACACCUCUGGUACUGGAAAGCAGAUGUUCUGUUUCUGCUGAUGGUCAUGUGUUGACAUCCACCCCUUUUGAAAAAGUUGAGGUAGAGGAGCCUUCUCAAAUAGCUGGAAAUGAAUACAGAAUAGGGCUUGAUGGCCCGCAGUUAACAUCAACCCCUGCUGAAAAAACAGAGAUACGGGAACUUUAUCAGAUGUCUGAAGACAGAUGUUCAGUGUCCAUUGAGAGCCAGGAGUUGCGGUCACCCCCUGUUGAAAAGAUACAAGUGCAAGAGCCUGCUCUCAUGUCUGAAAAUGAAUAUGCUGUAUCUUGGGAGGGCCAGGAGUUGAGAUCUAGCUCUCCUGAAAAGGUAGAGAUGCAGGAGGCUUCUGUAGUACCUGACGAUGAAUAUACUGUGUCUUCUGAAGGUCACAAAUUGCCAUCUUCCCUUGCUGAAAAAACAGAGGUACAAGAGUGUUCUCUGCUGUCUGAAAAUGAAUAUGCUGUAUCUCUUGAGGGCCGGGAGAUGACAGCCAUCCCUGCUGAAAAAGAGGUGCAGGAGCCUUCUCUGACAUCCAACAGUGAGUAUACCAUCUUGCCUGAACGCGAAGGAUUACAGUCUACCCUUGCUGAAAAAAUGGUGGUGCAGGAGCCUUCACUAAUGUCAGACAGUCAAUAUGCUGCGUCCCCUGAAGGGCAGGAGUUGCUCCCUGCUCUUACUGAAAAAACAGAGGUGCAGGAGUGUGCUUUGCUGUCUGAAAAUGAGUAUGAUGUAUCCCCUGAAGGCCAUGAUUUGAGAUCCAGUCCUGCUGAAAAGGAAGAAAUGGAGGAACAUUCUGAAUCAUCUGAAAGUGAAAGUUCAAUGUCCACUGAUAGUCAGGAGUUGCAGUCUACUGUUGUUGAAAAAACAGAGGUGCAGGAGCUGUCUUUGAUGUCUGAAGGUGAAUGUGCCAUGUCCCCUGAAGGUCAGGAGCUGCAGUCUAGCCCUAUUGAAAAAGUAGAGGCUGAGGAACCUUCUCUGACAUAUGAAAAUGAACAUGCACUGUCCCCUCAAGAGUAUGAAUCAAGAUUGACUCAUGCUGAGAAAACAGAGGAUAUGGAUUCUUCUUUCACAUCUGAAAAUGACCAUCUUUUGUCUUUCGAGAGCCAGGAGGUAAGAUUCACCCCUAUUCGAAAAGCAGAUGUGGGUGAGCUUUCUCCAACACCUGAAAAUGAACAUGCAGCAUCCCCUGAUGGCCAGGAGUUGAGAUUCGCCACUGUUGAAAAAGUAGGCGGUCUUGAACCUUUGACACUAAAUGAUAGAGCCUCCAUGUCCCCUGAUGGCAGUGACUUGAAAUCCAUCCCUGCUGAAAAAACGGAUGAUGCAAUGCCUUCUUUAAUGCAUGAAAGUGGGUGCUCCAUGUCCCCUGAUGGCUACAGUGUGAAAUCUGGCCCUGGUGAGGAAACAGGGGAUCUAGAGCCCUCUUUGGUAUCUGAACGUAGACAUUCCACAUCUUCAUAUCAGGAAGGUCAUGAGCUGAAAUCUCCCAUGGAGGAAGAGGGUCUGGAGUCCUCUUUGACUUCUGAACAUAGAAGGUCUGUGUCUCCUGAGGGCCAUGAGCAGAAAUCUAUAGAUGAAGAAAUGGAUGAUCGGGAGCCCUCUUUGGCAUCUGAACAUAGGCGCUCCAUGUCCCCUGAUGAGCAUGAGUCAAGAUCUAGCAUUGGUGAAGAAGCAGAGUAUCUGGAGCAGCCUUUGACAACAGAACGUAGAUCCUCUGUGUCUUCUGAUGAGCAUGAGUCAAGGUCUACCACUGGUGAAGAGAUAGAGGAUGCAGAACCCUCAUUGGCAGCUGAACGACGAGACUCCACAUCUUCUGAUGAGCAUGAGUCAAGGUCUACUGCUGGUGAAGAUAUGGAAGAUGGGGAGCCCUCUUUGACAGCUGAACGCAGACAUUCCACAUCCUCUGAUGACCGUGAGUCAAGGUCUACAACUGGUGAAGAAAUAGAGGAUUUGGAACCUUCUUUGGCAGCUGAAGAUAGACGCUCCAUGUCUCCUGAUGGACGUGAGUCAAGGUCAACCACUGGUGAAGAAGCAGAGGACCGGGAGCUCUCGUUGACAGCUGAACGUAGGCAUUCCACAUCCUCAGAUGAGCAUGAGUCGAGGUCUACUGCUGGUGAAGAUGCGGAGGAUAUGGAACCUUCCUUGACAGCUGAACGAAGAGAUUCCACAUCAUCAGAUGAUCACGAGUCAAGGUCUACCACUGGUGAAGAAGCAGAGGACAUGGAACCCUCUUUGACAACUGAACACAGACGUUCUACAUCCCCUGAUGGGCGUGAAUCGAGGUCUACCACUGGUGAAGAAGCAGAUGACGUGGAGACCUCCUUGACAGCUGAACGAAGAGACUCCACGUCGUCAGAUGAUCAUGAAUCAAGGUCUACCACUGGUGAAGAGGGUGAGGAUGUGGAGCCCUCUUUGGCAGAUGAAGAUAAACAGGAUUCCACACCUCUUGAGAGGUCGGAGGAACAGGACUCUUCCUUUAUACAUGAAAGUAGGUGUUCUGAGUCUUCCGAACGUGAAAAAUCUAGAUCCAAAUCUGUUGAUAAAAUGUCUGACAAAGAGUCUCCACGAAGAUCUAUAAGCAGACGCUCAAAGUCUCUUACUCGCCAAAAGAGUCGAUCCACAUCUGUUGAAAAAGUGGCAGACGGAGAGUCUUCACGGAGAUCUAGACGUAGACGUUCCAGGUCUGCUGCUCACCAGAAGAGUAGAUCCACAUCUAUUGAAAAAACAGCAGACAAAGAGUCUUCACGGAGGUCUAGACGUAGACGCUCCAGGUCCGCUGCUCGCCAAAGGAGUCAAUCAACAUCUGUUGAAAAAGCAGCAGACAAAGAGUCUUCGCGGAGGUCUAGACGUAGGCGCUCCAGGUCCGCUGCUCGCCAACGGAGUCGAUCCAAAUCUGUUGAAAAAACAGCAGACAAAGAAUCUUCACGAAGGUCUAGAAGCAGGCGCUCCAGGUCUUCACAGCGCAGAUCCCAGAGGUACGAUACAGACUCUCGCUCUAGACGGAAUCGCUCCAGAUCAGUAACACGGAGAAGAGCAUCAAGAUCAAAAUCUAAUCGUCGCUCUCGGUCUAGCUCGUUGUCGCGUUCAAGGCACAGAAGGAGGAGUAGGUCAAGGUCAGCAUCAAGAAGGCGACGUUCUUUAUCAAGAGACAGGCGUAAGAGAUCUCAGAGAAAUAGAUCAAGAUCUACCGACAGAAGAAGAAGAAGAUCAGAUUCAAGAGAUCGUAGAAUAUCACUCAGAUUACGGAGCAGGAGUCGAACACCUAUUCGUCAAAGGCGAUCAAGGUCAAGAGGAAGAAGACGGAGCUCUAGUAGGUCACCAAUUCGACUUCGACGGUCAAGAUCUUCAGGGAGACGAAGAUACAGCAGAUCACCUGAUCGUCGUAGGUCGAGGUCAUCAGAACGAUUUUCCAGCAGGUCACCUAAACGUCUUACAGACUUGGACAAGGCUCAGCUACUUGAAAUAGCCAAAGCUAAUGCAGCGGCCAUGUGUGCUAAGUCUGGUGUUCCCUUACCACCAAGCCUGAUGCCUUUGUUAUCUCAAAAGAAAGACGACAAAGCCAAUCAGAAGUCAUCAAGAGAUACGCUAAAGGAGCUCACAGAGAAAUGCAAGAAGAUUGCUCAAAGCACAGAUGAUGUGAUAGUGAACAAACCUCAUGUUUCUGAUGAAGAGGAGGAAGAACGUCCUUUCUAUAAUCAUCCUUUUAAGCUCAGUGAACCCAAACCUAUUUUUUUCAAUUUAAGUACUCCCAGCAUAAAACCAGCACCACCACCACAACCAAAAAAUCAGGUCAGCUUGUCAAAGGAGUUCCCUGUUUCAUCUGGGUCUCAGCAUAGGAAAAAAGAAGCAGAUAGUGUCUAUGGAGAAUGGGUUCCAGUUGAAAAAGGCAAAGACGACGGCAAGGAUGAUGUUUUCCCCAAACCAUCCAUUGAGGGCGUGGACAUAACUACAGCUAUGAAUGAUCGAGCACUGGCUCAGAAAAGGCUUAAUGAAAACACGUUUGAUUUAGAGGCCAUGUGCAUGUUAAAUCGUGCACAGGAACAGAUUGACGCCUGGGCUCAAUCAAACUCCAUACCUGGCCAGUUCACAGGAAGUACUGGAGCACAGAUAUUGUCCUCGGAUGAGCUGACCAACAGUGGUCCCCAAGCGUGGAUUAGAAAGGAUCAGUUCUUAAGAGCAGCCCCUGUAACUGGAGGAAUGGGAGCUCAACUGAUGAGAAAAAUGGGCUGGAGAGAAGGAGAAGGCCUUGGGAAAAACAAAGAAGGCAGCGUUGAGCCUAUUAUGGUCGAUUUUAAGACAGAUCGAAAAGGGCUUGUUGCUGUGGGAGAGAAGGCACAAAAGAGAUCUGGACAUUAUGUUGUGAUGAAGGAUCUUUCAGGUAAACAUCCAGUUUCUGCGUUGAUGGAGAUCUGUAACAAAAGAAGAUGGUCACCACCCGAAUUUGUGUUGGUGGAUGAUAGUGGGCCUGAUCAUCGCAAACAUUUUAUCUUUAAGGUGAGAGUCAAUGGAAAUGAAUACAGGCCUACUUUUGCCAGCCUUAAUAAGAAGCAUGCUAAAGCCACAGCAGCAACUGCGGCUCUCCAAGCGAUGGGACUUGUACCAAAGGAAAGCAUGGUUAAUACCACCAUGUUUAGGAGUGCCUCACACCGCUAGAUAUUGUUUUUUAUAUUGACAUUAUUUCAGAUAAUUUUACUCUGCACAAAAAUGGUAUUUGCCCUUUCAUGUUGUAAAUACAUCGGCAAUUCCCACGUUGUAAAAACUGUACAGACACCUUCAGGUUUUUCUUUUGUACCAUCAAAAUGUAUUUAAAUCAUACUUAGUUUUUGGUAUGUUUAUAUUGUUUACAUUAGUGAUGUAAUUAUUUCUUAAACGACUAAAUCAGACGACAGACUCUGGAGGCAUCAGUAAUCUAAACCCUUGUUUUAAAAACUCAUGCAAUUUCUCUUCAAGACAGAAUGUUAACACUUUCAUACUGUUUUGUACUACGCUGCGGUUUUCCCUGGUCUCGGUAAAGCUCCUCGCGCACUUUUGCCGGCAGCUUGGUAAAAGGUGGUGCGGCGGCUUCACCUUAGUCUAGUCGAGGCUGGCGCGUACUGCUGGACAGAUACUGGGCCAGUACCGUCACCCCCGCCAGAGAGCGCCCGGGCAGCCCUGUUGUACGGUGUUAACCCCGCGGCUUCUCUCGCCAUUUUGUUUUUUUGGGGGGGAGGGGGUCUAACUGGGUGGCGCACUGCGACUGGCCGUACAGCCCAUACUCUAGGACAGACCUGAUUAGGCAAAAGACUUGGCUUUCAAAAAAGGGAUGGCAGAAAGUCCAGCAAUGGAACCGAUGAGACUUGCGGUGUAAAGGUGACUCUCCCUGCAUGUUCUAAGAGAGGGAGGUGACGGAGUUGUCUAUUCCAAACAAAUUAACACACUGCCUGAUGUUGAUUGUAUGAAUUUGUGGUUAAUGUGAAUUUUAAACUCUUAACAAAUCUACAACUGGAUUCGGGGUGGGGGGGUGGGGGGGAGGGGAUAGAAUGAUGCUUAAAUUGUUGUACCCGACUUGGUCAAUAAAGCAGCACAAGUUCAUAAUCUUAAUCACUGGUCAGUAAACAGUAAUUAAAAUGUAUGCCAAAACAACUUUUCGAAGAAACGCACAGUGUAGAAGUACGCUUUGUGAAGAUUAUCAGCAGCUGUUAGGGUUGCAGAAUCAGUUCUAGUCAUUUGUGGUUGCUUUGGACUAUUACCAAAUUAACUCCUUGGGCUUAAAUUUUCCGUAAUGGCACUCUGCCCACAAGGAGACAGCCCCAUCCAGAGUUUUGGCAGUUUGACAAGGGAGAGGAUGUAGAAAGCUUUUCCUUCUUUUUUCUUUUCUUUUUUUUUUUUUUUGUUUUGUUUAACUUAAGAAGUAUUAGUACUUUAGCUAUGUGCACUUUGAAUUGGAAAGGACGUUGUACACCUCUUGCCAGGUUUGACGGAGUGAAGAGCAGAUUGCCAGGAUUUACAGACUCCAGUCUUUCGGGUGCUUAUUUCAGAAAAGUCUUUUCGAGGUCUCUCUGUCACAUCUGCUGACCAGAGCUUCCUCUGGGACACAGUUUGCGAAACACAGUUUGUACGCAGCAAGGCUGUGCUCAGGCCUGAGGUGAAUGACCUUUGCAAUGGUAGUAGGAACGUGGAGGUGAAGAAUUAACGAGUACCUCCUCUUCCACUGACUAAGGUGACUUUGUGUGUAUUCUGUCAACUCUUAUGGAACAAGGUGUCUGUCUUUGCCCCAAGGAUCAAUGUCUGAUGUUGUGUACAGCAGAGAAAUGGUAUUUGGUUCUCCACCACACACUUCCGAGAAAUAAAACCCCUUAUUAGUCUGUCAAAGCGCUGUAGAAAUGCCUAAGUUAAUCUUAAUUUUCAUGGACGUAGUUGUCUUUAAUUAAACUUUUUUUCCCUUUGGCUUCUCA